GUCCCCUUGGGUUCCAACAUCUGACGACUCAGGCUGUCACUUCUGGUCCGGAAAUAUACAACUGACAAAAACCCGAAUCCUCCCCAUCAGUCCCCCCCCCCCCUUCCCUCAUCUUGUCCCAUCCCAUCUGCAAUCUCGACAGACAUCCCGUCAGCCCGGGUGGGUUUUCCGACUUUGCAUCGCCUCCCGCAAAUGCCUACAAGAGACGGAAGCAGAACAAAGAGACUUGUUACCUGACCGGACCGAAGGCGUGGCCUCUCUUAUCCACUCGUCACCCAACUCCAUCUCGAUCCCACUCAGAUCUCAGAUCUCCCAUAACCUGAGGUGUGGCCCAGACUGGAUAUCCACCACCACCACCAUUGCGACUCUAGGCCUGUGCACCUCUCUCUGUCUGGGUUGGCAGCCACCACCACCUUUACGUCCAUUCAGCAGCUUCUUGUCUUUUUUCAACUCUUCACCAUCACACUCACUCCACUGCACGACCAACUCCCGCCGACGCCGCACUGGAUGCCAGUAGAUAGAUACUCCUGUCUGCUAGGUACUUACUGUGCCCUUAUAGAGUGUGUACCCGCAAGCGACACCAACGGACUCUCUCUCCGGUCCGUCCCGCCCUUUACGCCCGCCCAUCGAGCUGUUGCGUCUCUUCAUCCCGUCUAUCCUGGCCUCUUCGAGUCAGAUGCUAGUUUGAGCUAGGGGUGCUCUGCUUGGGUUACGACGCCAUUUAUUCUCCAAGACCCGCUAUGGAAGCGGGCGAUUCUGCUGCCAGGCAAAGCGGGAUCCCAACUGCCACCACCACUCGUGAACACUUUGAUCCAGCACGACCAUACAACAACAGAAACAGCAGAGGAGGCACAGCCAUGGCGACGGCAACCUUGAUCAACCCGAGCUCCCAAUACCACUCGCACUCGUUUUCCCACAACCCCUACCACCCCUCGUCCUCCGCAAGCAUUCCCGGCAUGAUUUCGCCAGUCGAUUCCCGGCGGACGUCCGACGAGUCGGAGAACCCUCAUCGACAGUCGCUGCCUUCCAUCUCAGAAGUCAUCUCGGGUACCAAGCCGACCUCCUACCCUCCACAUGCUCCGACCUCACUGCCGCCUACCCAGAGCCUCCCUUCGCCCUUUGCACCAUCUGGUCCGCCCCGAAGUUACGAUGUAGACAAGCAUCCUUCGCCGAGGGCAUUGCAUCCAAGCUCGGGCUUCCCCCGCCCUGAUCCUCUACCCGCUUUCUCUGACCCCGCAAGACCUCAAUUGUCUAGCAGGCCGCCUCCGCCUCCCCCGCUGAAUACAUUUCCAACACAUCAUCAGCACCCCUCGCCGCCAGUGAAGCUUGAACAGAUGGAGGUUGACCAAAGGCAUGCCGAGGCAUCCCCAUUGAGUGCCGGAUAUCCUCAUCAUCCUCCAGGACAUCCAGCGGGGCCCCAUUAUGCGCAAACGGGACGUCUACCUCCUGGCCAACUACCGCUGUCGGCCUACCCUGUUUCCCCCAGGCAUAGUGGACUCGGACUGCCCUCACCAUACGACUCGCAGCACCGACCGCCUAUGUACCCAGAGGAGCAAGAAUAUGGGCAUGGUUAUGCUAGAAGUAGCGAAUACAAGGCUGCCCCAGAAAGAUCCCUGCCGGACUGGUCGUCUUAUGGGGAGAUGAUGUACAUGAAUAAGCAGAUAGCGCACGCUGGGCGCACCGUUUAUCAUUUUGCUGAAGGCUAUGGUGCCGCGGCCCGGGAACAGCAAGGACAGCCGCUUCCAUCAAGGCUACCAACCGAAAGUGAAAUCUCUGUCGUCAUUGACAGCGCAGUUGUCGCGGUCGAGAACUUGAAGAACCUCCGACACCUCAUUGCCCAGAUCAAUUCGGAACGAUCUCGAGAAAAUGGUGGACGCAAGUCCGGAGCCGAGGACGACGAUGUCUCCAUGUAUGGUGACGGCAUAGGAAAGCAUUCGUCUUUUAACGAAGUGAAGAAAAGGCGCGGCCGUGCGGCUCCUCCUGGACGGUGCCAUAGCUGCAAUAGGAUCGAUACUCCCGAAUGGAGGCGCGGUCCAGACGGCGCGAGAACUCUUUGCAAUGCCUGCGGGUUGCACUACGCCAAACUUGAGCGCAAACGACAACUGGAGCAACGAUCUAUUCGACCUAAACCCACCGACGAUCGAAACUAAGUUCACUAUCCGACAGCGAAAUACGAUUACCGCGGGCAUUCCACCUUGGGUCCUGACAAUUUCGAUUGCAGACAGCGGCAUCAUGUAUGCUGAUCAUAUCGAAGCCUUUUUUUUUCGAGUUGCCCAUUUUUUUUUCUUUUUUUUUUGCAGCGCCCAGACAGUACAGACGCAUUCGAGUUGCGAUUAUAUUACAACCUGUUUUAGCAAGCCUUCUUUAUCUUGGUUCUAUGUUGUCUUUUAUACCCGGGGGUCUGGUUUUGGGUUCUGGGCUUGGUCUGGUUGCGGUUCUAGGCGCAGCACAAAGAAGGCAAUGAAAGGUCCGGCCAUAUGAGGGGAUCUGUGGGUUUGUUCAUGAAUCAAUGCAAAAGCCCUUGUUUAUUUCACAUCUUGAAAAAAACAUGUACAUACUUUAUACCCCUUUCCACCGCUGUUUUCCAGAACCGGUAUAUAGGACCGAUUUUGUUUUACGCGAAUUCAGGAUGAAUGAGAGGAGCUGCUAGAAAGCCAACAAGGCUGAGGCGGCUUAUUUUCUCGUUACAUUAUCUACAUACCCACAUCUACAGCUUUAAUUUGUUCCGCUUUUCUGGUAGAGUAAA